AUGGUGGAGAAGAUCUACGUCACUUACAACGAUGUUCACAAGCUCUGCCAAGAGGCAGCCCCCAAGAUUCUGAGUGCGUUCAACCCGCAACUCAUUAUCGCCAUCGGCGGUGGUGGUUAUGUGCCCGCGCGAAUCUUGCGCUCUUUCCUCAAACAGCCUGGCAGCCCCAACAUCCCUAUCCAGGCCAUUGGCCUCUCCCUAUACGAGCAGCUGCCCGUAAAAGAUUCCUCGAGCGUGGGCGAAGGUGUCGUAGAUCAAAUUGGAACUAAGGUCACCCGCACUCAAUGGCUUGACCUGAGCAGUCUGGGCGAGAUCCAGAACUUGGUCGGCAAGCGCAUCCUGAUCGUCGACGAAGUUGACGACACGCGAACGACGCUAGAGUAUGCCGUCAAGGAACUGGAGAAGGAUGUCGAGGAAGCGCGAAAAAAGUUGGGCAAUGACGACAAGACAGAGUUCAGCAUCUUCGUCCUACAUAACAAGGACAAGCGGAAGAAGGGUACAUUGCCCUCGGAUAUGAUAGAGCAAUCACGAUAUCUUGCAGCGAGAACGAUAGGCGAUGAGUGGAUAUGCUAUCCGUGGGAAGCAACGGAUAUCGACCUACACGACGAGCUAGCGAAGAAACAAACAAACGGGAACGGUACUGCUUAG